GUGAAAAGUCUGCUAAAUGAACUCGAAGAACUGAGAGAGAAACGAGAAACAGCAGGACUACAGUCUGAUCAUGUAAGUAGGCAACCUAGGGUUCUCUCCCUGGAUACGAGGUUGGCAAGUAGGUUCUGCAUGAAUUGCUCACGUGACUCCAUGUCCCUUAAAACUAAUAGCAGCUGUGGCGGAAUGAACCCCAAAAAUGAAAAGAGCUCCUUAAUAUUAUUCAAAGUAGAACGUUUCAGCUUAUUGCGACCAGCGAGCGAGCACCAGCGAGCGAGCUGGGAGCAUCCUAAUCUGUGCAUGUGCGUAGAAAAUUUAAAUAUACCGCUGAGUUCGGAUUAGCCCCGGCUCAAGAUUCACCGAUUCACCUCGGCUUGCAUUCCAUAUUUGGAACAUAUUUCCAUAUUUGGAAGACCGCAUGAAACGGUAUUUCCGCCACUGUUAUGCCGCCCUGUGUUUUAUUUACUCAUCGAUACUGAUGCAAUUUUAUACAUGUACCUUUAACUUUUGUUCAUCAAAUUGUACAUCAAACGAAGCUUAACUUAGCAUCUACUAACUGUUGUAAGUCUGUUAUUGAAGGCAGAUUUAAAUAAUCAAAAAGAUUAAAUGCUGUGCAUGAGGAUGUUGUGAUGUAUACAAAGAAACGUCUGUUGUUUGAAAGUCAUGUGCCGGGCUUUAUUAUUUAUCUUUAAAUUGCGCUUUGUCAAUCGGUAUUGUUAUUGACACGUCAUGCUAUUCAUAGAAGGCGACUUUGCGCCGUAGCGACAAUAUAAUCACAAAUGUGACUAUUUGUUAUGUAAUUUGUAGCAAGUGACGUAAUUGGAUACCAAUAGACCUUUCCCCUUUUAAGUGAAAUUUUGAUCUAGGACAAAAAUUUCAUUACAGCUUGAAAGAGCAUCACAAAAUUAGUAAUAUUCCGAAGUUUCGUUUCGAAAUGUUGUAAAAUGCGGAUAAUAUAGCCUUGCGAAGUUGGCCGUUUUUCAGUCCUUUUGUAUUACGCGGGGGAAAUUGAUAAUCAGAUGAUCAAACUGAUUAUCAAUUUCCCGUUUGUAAUACCAAAUGACUGAAAAACGGCAAACUUCGCAAGGCUAUAUUAUCCGCAUUUUACAACAUUUUGCAACGAAACUUCGGAAUAUUAUUGAUGCUCUUUCAAGCUGUGAUUAAAUUUUUGUCCAGACUUGUCUAGAUCAAAAUUUCACUUAAAAGGGGAAAGGUCUAUUAGUCAAGUUAAUAUUUUGAUAAAUUUAUCUAAAUUGGAUAUUCAGUGUAAAUGGGCCGACUUUUAUUAUAUAAUGAGCAAUAUUGGCCCAUAUCAGUUAUCGCAACUCCUUUGCAUAAACUUGAAAAGUUGUUACUGUUUUUUAUUUUGAAUAUAUCAAUAGACAAUAUGAAAUAAAGUACCUUGUCAUGUGCAUGUUUAUUUGACGCAAAUCGUUAUAUAAAAAAUAAAACAAACCCGACCGACCGACCGACUUUUGGCAAAAGUAAAGGAUGAUCACCAACUAUGUGGCCAAAACAGCGUGAGCCGGCGCGUUGUCAUUAGUGACUAAAGUCUCCAGGUCGCACUUUUUAACCUGUGGUUACGCCUAGUAAUAUGCAAUAUACAGUGGAAGAAAUUGGCAUUCAGUUCUAAUGGAGAGAGUACAAAUUUAGAAGUAUAAUAUUGCAGACUUUAAUAGAUUUAAUUAAUUAAAGUAAAUGAAAUUAUUUUAUAUUUUUGUUAGGUUUCUAAACUUCAGGCACGCCAACUGGCGGAGUCCACAGCUCACUGCAAAGAACUGGAGGUGAAUUUUCAAUUGUCAAGAUUGUCAUUCAAGCGUGAAAUUUAACUUACUUUAAAAUUUUACAGAAAUUAUCCUAAAAAAAGUUUAGAAAUUUAAUUUCCGAAGUUUUGCCCACUUCCGUGGUAUGGACAUUUUUCAGAUAAAGCGUGGUAGGAAGUUUUCUACUGCAGGAAUUUUUCUAGAAAUGGUUCAGAAUUUUUCAGUGAAUAUUACUAUGAAUUUUCUCUUCUAUAGGCUGACAUCGAAACGCUGAAAGGCCAAUGCCAGCGGCUUCAGGCUGAGAAGGAAAAUAACGAUAAACAGCAAGUAUGAGAUUGAAAAACUGGUUUCUAUGUCAUUCGUGUGGUUAAUAGUGUCAAAAGGACGUUGUACACUACUGCACAACCUUACCGAAAUAUUCAAUUUUGUGAUGUCAUUUCAGGAUCAGUAUAUUUCCCAAGUCUACGUACUCGAAAACGAAUGUAAUGCAUUGAAAAGGUCGGUAUUCUAAGGGGCGUACCAUUAGAAAAAGGUCCCAUGGGACAUUGAUAUAUUUGUGAUGAGCAAUUCUUUAAACCAAAUGUCUUCCUCCACAGUAAACUCUUAGACGCGAAUCACGAACACAAAGUGGAAAUAACAAAUGUGAAAAUGGAAUUAACAAAGAAUAGAGGAGAUUUGGAGCGAGAGAGAGACAGUCUAAAACUUGAAUGUGAUUCACUACGGAAUAAAAUCACAGUCUUGGAUAAUACAGUGGAGCAUCUUAAUGUGGUCAUUGGUGAAAAAGUAAGUUGUUGUGAACCGUUAGUUUUUGGUGAAUUAUUUAAUGUUAUGCACUGUAACCUUGUGUCUUGCCAACAUUACACUGUACCAUACCAUACCAUACCAUACCAAACCACACCAAACCAUACCAAACCAUACCAAACCAUACCAAACCAUACCAAACCAUACCAAACCAUACCAAACCAUACCGAACCAUACCAAACCAUACCAAACCAUACCAAACCAUACCAAACCACACCAAACCAUACCAAACCAUACCAAACCAUACCAAACCACACCAAACCAUACCAAACCAUACCAUACCAUGAUGUGCAAUGUGUUUUUAUUUCCUUUGCAUCAGGAACAAGAAGUCUGUAAACGAGAACAAGCAGCAAAAGAAAAAGAAUGGGAAAAAUUAAACCAAAUGGAACAAAACAAUUUACAACUAGAAGCUACAAUAGCAGAAUUAGAAAGGUACUGUAGUUGUUGUUUAUUCACUUGCUUUCCAAUAAAAGAAAUGGAUUGUUGGAUUUGACAAGGAAAUUGGCACCCUGUUGAAUCCCCCUUUUCCAAGACUACUGUAGGACGGCAACACACCCAAGAACCCCAAGUAAAUCCAUCCCUGUAGCAGCCGUGCGCCUAUAAGUAUGCUUCACGAGGAAAUCGCCGUGAUUAGUCAUAUUAUGUACUGAUUAUUUGUGUACUCAGUCUGGUUAUUUUGCACGACAGAACUAAAGGUGAUGCACGAAUUUCACACCAUGAAGAGGUCAAGAAACUGGAAGAGGAAUUGAGAUCUGUGAACGAGAUAAAGGUAAUGUGUUUGACUUCUGACCAUACACGCAGUAUUGCAAUAGCGGAAUUGUAUUCUAACACGAAUACUAAUUUAUAUUUCGUCUUAACUUAUUCGAAAUACGAACAAAGGGAAUAGUCUGUAGUAGAUAGGUAAAUGGAACUUGCACGUUUACUCAAUCGCCCUAACUACUGUACCAAAGAGCUUUGAUUAGUUCUUCAAUUUUACUUACCUGGAAUUCAUUUGGCAGGAAAUACUGGAGCAAGAGCUUUCCGCCGUACGCAAUCAGCUUAAACAGACAACAGAUCGUUCUGACGAACUGGGGAAGGUAACGUUAUCAUUGUAGCCUAUUAUUAUUACUCUGCCGAGUUAGAUUCAACUCCUGCCAGGGGGCCUAUAGUUGUGUUUUUGGUUACACUGUAGGUCUAAAAAUGUAAAAAAAACUUGCGUUUGAAAAUUUCAUCAACGUGAUUAAUCACCCGGCGCCUCCCUAUUUGUGUGGGACCCUCCCUUAGUUGCCUACAUAGACGACCUCGUUUCAUAUGAGUAAAUUGACAUGAAUCGAAGACGUGAAGACAUUUUCUCUGACAUCUUCACCCCCGACGUCUCGCUAUCAAAAAUAACAGUCCUGGGAAAUCUGCUACAGUAACAACUUGAAUGAACGCUUUAAGGCGUGUAUAUACAGUAUAAACGAAGAAACGUGAAAAUAGUAUUACAGAUUUAUAGAACUUUCUAUUUUUCCCCAGGAACGGACAAAAACACAAGAGUUGAAGGAAAAGCAACAAAAACUGCAAACACAACUACAGAGGUAUGAAUUAUUUGAUUUAAGUUGGAAAUUGAUAGUGUUAGAUUUUCUGUGCACGCUUAUGUUUACAAUGUGUGAAUAAAAACGUGUGUAUAUACAGUUUGUAAGCUAGUAGCCUCCAAAUCAAAUGUAUUCCUGAAUUUUGAACGGUUCAUCUAACCCCCCAAAUAUUCAACUUUUUCCAGUGUUCUGAACAGUGAGCAACAGCUGAUGGCAGCAAAUGAAAGGCUAAAGAAUACAGUUGAUUUAUUGAACGAUGAAAUUGGUAAGACCGCAUUGUGACUGAAGCUCUUAGCCAGACAAUCCGAUGUACUGUUGGUAGAAAUGACAAUAGGAACACUUCAUUGAAUCAUUGUUAUAUAAUUUCAGGUAUCGCCAGAUCUGAUUUACAGCAUGCCCAGGGAGAACAUAAUAAGGAAAAAGAGGAAACAAGGUUAGUCAUUGGCACUGACUUUUUCACUUCAAUUAGCCAAUCAAAUGGGUUCAAUGUUUUGUAGUUGGAAUCGUUAUAGAGGAUUGAACUAAUCUUACUGUACGUACUACGUACUAUCACUUUCAAACAAAUGUCUGAUCCCACGAUCAUGUGCUCGUUAUGUUUUUUCAAAGGAAAUCAUUAAACUUGGAGAAAGAGUCACUGGAGAAUAAAUCCAACGAGAAGCAGCAAAAACUAUUGGAUGAAGUAAAAGCUGCAAAGAAGAAAAUAGAUGCACUGAUUAAGGUACUGUGAAAAUCCUACAAAAUAGCUAAAGAUCUUUCAAAAUCCGAAAAUCUUGUCAAAAUAUCUAUAUCCCCAACAUCUCUGAGUAUUUUAAAAUCCCCCAAUACAAAUCCUUUUCAGAGUAAUACACCCCUCGGAGAUUUUUAUCUUGUUUUUAAUCGUUGUUUUAAGAGGCUAGAAGAGAUCUGUUUUGAUAAUACCAUUUUGGGAAAAAAUCCAUUUUAAUGCCUUAGAAAGUAGUAACAAAGCGAUUCUAUUACUCGAUUAUUAAUCGCGAUUCUAUAGGACGGUACAUAUACAGUAUCUUGAGUGUUCGUAUGACGUAUGAAAGAAAGACGUUUGGACUAAACUGUGGGUUGAACAGAAAUUUACCCUUCCAAAAUGGAGGCCCGGAAAAUUCCUUAAAUUCAAGAGAUUAUGUUUCCUGUAAAAAUUCUGCCAAUAUCUUGUAAUGAUAGACUUAUUAUUUUGGUGUAGAUGGGUAUCAAGCUAGCCUCCUCCGCAGGCCUCUCUAUGGGCUGUAGCCUGUGAAUGGGUAUUGGAAAAAAAAUUCCAAUCUUUUUCCGACCACCCGCGAUUCCUCGGGUGAGAUGCUUACGGAGGAGGCUAGUAUCAAGCUUAUAUAUAUAAUUUAUAUAUGUUUAUUUUCAAUGGUCUUAGAAGAAAGAAAAGUACAAACAUGACAUGGCAGACAUGAAAGAAUCCAUCAAAUUGUUGAAAGCAAAGGAAGAAAUGGCUAGAGCGGAGACUGAAGCAGUAAGGUUAGUUGCUUGUUCACACUCUUCUCCUCAUUCAGUUCAUUCACGUUUCUGGAAAGUAUACGUCACCUUGGCUAUAGAGUGUCGUUUUCGUGACGUUCUUUCAGGAAGGGUGUACUAACGUUGAUCCUUUCAUGUUUCCUAUCUAAAAUUCAUUUCGUUUUCUUACAGAAAGAACAUGGAAGUUGAGAAUCAAAGAUUGCGAAAACAGUUUGACCGAGUAAGCAUGCAUAUAUGAUGUAGACAGCUGCUGUGCGAAGGACAUACAACUAUACGUGAAACGUAUAUAAGCAGAACUUUCGUUUCCUGUAAAAACCCUUCUUAUGGGAGUUAGUAGCGUGUUUCUAUUAGCAUGUAUAUGAUAAACUGUUUUGUUAUGUAUCUGAGCUAUAUUGUGUUUGUCUUCGUUUUAGCUGAAAAAACGUCAAGUGGAUUUCAGGAAUAUGUUGAACAACACAGACACAGUAUUUCCUCAAGCGAUAACGAGUACACCGCUUAAAUUUCCACCUCACAUGUUUGACCAGGUAAAAUACUGCUCAGGGAGUAGACCAGUGAGCUCAAUGUAAUUACUGGAGUACUAUCUUAGGGACUUCAAUGAAGCCAAGUGAACUUCACGUUUAUCUAAUCUAUAUCCCUCUAUACCCCCAAACCCAGUGGCGUGACUCCUUUGAGCGCCUCCUGGCAAAAUCCAGGGCCCCAAUUCAAUUAGGAUCCCUGAGCAAAGAUGAUAAAGAGUUGUGUUCAUGACGUUUUUUGAGCGAUUCUAUAAUCGCCCGUAUUCUAAAAGCUCACUCACACUCAAUGAGUGAAAGUUCAAUCUGAGCUUCUCUCGAGUGUCAAUGCUGUUUUUGAAUAGCUGGAGGUCUAGUGUCAUACCUUACUAUGUGACUACUCACCCUCCAGCUAUAUUCAAAAACAACAUUGACACUCAAGAAAAGCUCAGAUUGAACCUCCACUCAUUGAGUGUGAGUGAGUUUUUAGAAUACAGGCGUAUGUAGGCGUAGAUAAGAUCAUUAACGAAAGCCGGGGGUUCCCUUAUUCGCUCUUUAGCCAAUAUUAUAAAAUAGCCUUUUAAAAACACGGGCGCUGAUUGACCAAAAGCUCAAAAAACCCGUGUUUCUAUAACUCGAUAGAAACACGGGGAAUUUUCACGCGGGUUGCGUGGAUUGAGCGGGAAGUUUAAAAGACAAAAUACAAACAAUAUUUAAUUUUGAAAAAAAGUUGAAAAACGUCCCGAAAUGCCGAAGAACCGUUACAAAAAAGAAAGGCAACACUUUGCUAACUUAGAAAGCGGAGAAAGUAUAAUUAUAAUACACGUUGUAUCUGUUUGACUGUUUACCAAGGUAAGAUAUUUUAAUUUUACUUUGUCUUUUUAAAAAAAUAUUUCCUCGCGACGUUUUUCAUCAUGUUUACUAUAGUUUUUAAUCAUGUUUAAACGUUCACUAACUAUUUAAAACAGUGCUUUCUUUGCAUGCAAGCAUGUACGUUGUUAAGUGAAUUAUAUAGUUAGUAAAGUAAGCCUGUUUACAAGUGCUGUCUGUUGUUUUGACAGCGAUAUACUUGUUUACUUCGCUAUGCUUUUAUAAUUAUUCUUUACACGAACGUAUAUUGGGUGGAAUUAAUAUUUGAAUGAAAGCAAUUAAAAUUAAUAAAUUUGUCUUUUCUAUUGUUUUUAAAAGGCUAUUUAAUAAAGGAAAUAGAAAACAUUUUCCGUGUUCCUAUAGAGUUUAUAGACACACUUGUGAAAGUUUGGGAGAAACUCGAAAUUGCGUGGAAACACUCGCACUCGUGUUCCCACGCAAUUUCUCGUUUCUCCCAAACUUUCACGCGUGUUUCUAUAACUCUAUAGAAACACGGAAAAUGUUUUCCCCGAGCCGGCGGCGCGAAGCGCCGUGCGAGGGUACUAAUUCCCCCCGGCUAUUUACACCCGGGGAAACGAAAGCAUUAGCGGAGUCUAAAGUUCAUCAAAUAUCGCGGGCGUGGGUCACCAACGAUGGGUGGUCAUCCUCACUGACCUCAAAAAUAUGGCGGACUGUCAUGAAUAGCGGACACUGAUUGGUCCAAUUUAAAGUUUGCAUAAACGACUGCAUCACGUCAGCGAAAUAGCAAACAUUUCUUGAUUUGAUGAUUAUGAUAAAUUUCUUGCGAAUAUAUUUCAUUUUUACUCUCAUUUUUGCAAUAUUUUGUAAAUUUCAAAAGCUCUCGGAGAAAGAAACUGCGAAAGAAUCGGCUAAAACAAGGGAGCCGACGUUAACGAAGGUAAGUUUGUUUUAAAUAUUGAUUUUAUAAUGGCUUUAAAACCCGACGGCCUUUGCGUAUAUGAAACAACUAAACAAGACAGAAUAUAAUUUCAGUGUAUCUUUAAUAUUGAUUCCCUUUUGUAUUAUAUUGAAUUUUUUAAAUGAAAAAGAAAGCAAAGUUAUUUGCAAGCGAAAAUUUGAAAUCAUUUUAUUGCAAACUCAAAGUUUAUCGAUAAACCAUUUUAAUAAUUAAAGGUUGUUAAGUUAAAGAGCACUUUUUAAAACGUUUUGCGAAGCGUUUGUGGUUGAAUUUUACCUUAAAUUGAGGCUUAUAUUACGUAUAAUAACAUACCUAAGAUAUAUAUGUUGGGAAAUUAAUGAUUUUGUAAUUAAAAGUGAUAUUUUUAGGCGAUUUUUCAUUUGUAAGAAUAUUCUUAAAAAAUUAUCGUGUUACCAUGACAACUAUUUUAGAACUUCAUGUUCGGAACAUACAAUGGUUUUGUCAGCAAGGCGAGGGUUUCUGCAUGCAUGUAUUUUCUAGUCUAUUUCUUAAUUAGUCACGACAAUAAUAACAAGCUUUCGUUGGUGGGGAUGCAACUACCUGAAAAAUACAAAGCGAAAUUCGACGUUUCGAGCCAAGGCCCUUCGACCGAAAUUCUAUGUCUGUUGUCCAUAUUAAGGAUGUAGGUUUGACUGUACUGAGUCAAGCCAAUAAUGUUUUUUAUACUCCAUAGGAACAACAACGGCGAGAUCUUUCCUCAGUGCGAGAUCGUCUGGAUGACCUGGCAGACAGCCAACAAAGACAAGCUGAAAAUCUCUUAGGAAUGUCUGAACUAACAACCAGGACAAACCUCUAUGAAGAUAAGUAAUUCUGUUGAGUGCUUUUUUUACGUGCCACUGACCAAAUAUGAUUUUGGUAUGUGUAAUAUUUGGUUCAUUCAAGGUUCAUUCUAAGAAUAAAUGUAAUAUAAACCAUUAGUAUUUUUGCACAAGUGAGUACAAUAAAUCCUGCAAGUUGAUUGGUCAAAUUUGACGCGACGUCUAAUUUGACGGCUAGCCGUUUUGUGGAAGUUACUAUAAAGAAAUAAGCGAAAUUAAAAUAUAUUCAGUUUCAAAAAACAUAAAAGACUUGUGUAAAAAUACUAAAACAAUUAUUCGCCUCAGGCACCUCGUAUAUUCCCCGAUAAUCACCUGGCCUUUGGCGAAUAAUUGUUAAAUAUUUUCGCUCAUCUUCAUACACAUUUUCACUGCCGGAUAUGAUGUCAAUAGGAUUGCAAAUUAGUUUGCCUUUGUUUUUUUGCUGCUAAACGUUACCUGUAUAAUAUCAUAUCUGUCAACUGUUGAUCAAGAUGAAGAAUGUACCUCCCAAAGCGUUACACAUACCAAAUAGAGCGUCACUUGAAUACCCUUUACAACGCGAUGAUGUGUGUAUAUAGAAUCUAAUAUAUUUUGUACAGAAUUGUAAUUUAUACAGCGUGGUAAAUAUGUCAUAUUAGAUCACUGACACUGUAUUGGAUGUUUACAGUAUGUUGGUCUCAUAGUGUAACUUUAUAAUCCUCGUUCCCAGGCCAUGCUCGUUAUUCCCAUGAAAUGCAGUACGAAGUCGCGCAAAGUAGUAAACCUGGGGACAAGAAUUAUAUGCACUGACACACUAACAUAAGAAUUAUUCAGCAUUGAAUUCGGUUUUCGCAAGAUGUCAAGAAUUAUCAAUUUGAAACCCUCAGUUUGUGUUAUCAAUCUCAGCCUUCGGUUUACAUGGCUGACGAUACUAAAUGGAUAAUGUAGUUAGUGGAAAGCCCUUGGACCAUGACUGGCAUGACAUACCUUUCUGGGAGAAUCUUAAGCAAUCACACUUAAAAAAAAAAUAUACAAGAAAACGCGGAUAAACAAUUUGACUUACUAUCAUGAGUUUUAUUUCCGAAAAAAAUAAAUGCAAAUUGAAAAUUCCAAUUUAGAUAUGGACUAAAAUGAAAACAAGAUUUUAUACGGUGAUAUCCUCACUUCAGACUACAGGUGUCGAGAAGCAUCUAAACUAUGUAACGUAUAAAGAAAAUAUAUAAAGUCUCUGUUGUAGUACUUCUUGCAUGAUUGUAGUCCAUAUCUUAAGAUGCCCAGCUUUUUCAGAACAGAAUACUUCUUUCGUUUUAUUACUGAAUAAAUUAGGUUAUAUAUUUUAUAUUUAUUUUAAGUUUAUUCGAUGACUUGUCCUUGUGAAUAAUUUUGUUAUAUAUCUUGAAAUUACAUUGUCUCAUACUUAAUUGUUGACCAAUUGUUACUGCAAUAGACCUGCUGUUGCACGGUUAACUUAAUCGACACUUGUUACAAGAAAUUCCAUUCAAUUCAACAAUUUCUGCUGUAUACACGUUGUUAUUGACAACAUUGUAGCAAUUUGAUAAAAUUGCUAGUACAAAUUGUUGACAAACUUGUAAAGGCUGAUUUGCACUAUAUCAAAGUUUCUGUGAUCACCGUAGGAUUUUUGCAUGCGUAAAUUCUACGUUUUGAGGAAUUUAUAUGGUAUAUUUGAAGGGACCAUAGUUUGGGGAAACACCUACGAAUCUUCCUUGAAAUCAUCAGUGCUCUUACAGAAACGAGUAGUACGUAUAAUCACUUUCUCAAGAUAUGAUGAACAUACUAGUCCUUUAUUUAAAAAUCUCGGUCUUUUAAAGCUCUUUGAUAUAAUAAAGAUGUCCAACUUAUUAUUUAUGCACGAUUUCUAUACAAAUAGACUCCCUACUGUCUUUAACGAUUUUUUCUUUUUCGUUAGUGAUAAACACAAGUACAGUACUAGACUAGCAACAACAGUUAGUUAUUGUAUACCAAUUGUAAGAACAAAUUACGGUAAAUUUUCUAUCCGAUCACAGGGACCCUAUAUUUGGAAUGAUAUAGAUGAUAGCUUGAAAAUACUAACUAAAUCAGUCUUCAAAAAAAAAAUUAAAAUCAAAUUUGUUAAUGACUACUAGCUUUAUCUUUAUUCUUAUUUCUGUUUUUCAUUUGCUUUCAAAUUAACUAAAAUCAAAUUUAUAAUUAAUGAUUACUGGCUUUAUGCUUGCUUUUGUUUUUUCAUAUGUCUAUAAAUUUUAAUUUGCAUCUGUAUAAUCAUUGUGCACCAUGACCUUAAACCCAAUGUUGACCCACAGUGGCUCGAAUACUUUAAUAAGGUUAUCUGACUUCGAUUAGUGUUAAAGCUAUUUCAGAUAUCCUGUGCCAACUCUGUCUUAAUAAUGUGUGGAAAAAAUUUGUAAUUAUGUAUUUUUGACUGGUGCGAAUAAAUUCUUCUUCUUCUUCUUCUAACUGGCUCACUGUUCAAUACUAAGUCAGUUCCUUCAAAGAUUUCUUGGAAACUCUUCAGAUCUCAGAAUUUGCAAAAUUCCUACUGUGAUGACAGAAACUUUGAUAGUGUAAACCGUCCUUUACAAGCCUGUUUCAAACACCACAUUUUGUCAACAAGAUGGGAUUCACUUAUGUUUUUGUAUGCAUAUUAUACAUGUAUAUUUAUACAACAAUUUUUUCGUGUGAGUCAAGUCUUUAUUUUAAGAAUUUCUAUAACUUGACUGAGAAUCAAUCUAUAUCUCUUCAGAAAAUUCUUCCUUGGUUUUAAAAGUAGUGCCAAUGCCGGGACCUUAAUGUUCUUCUUUGGAUAAAACGUUUCAAGAGUCGUGGAGUAUCUUCCAGUAUCUUUGACAGUCAGUAACAGUCCUUGGUUAUAUCCAGGAACCUUUUGCCAACGUCUGACUAAAUUUAGUACGUUCUUCACAAGGCAAGACCUAUCACCGCUCGCGAGGGUGCGGUUGUACAGUAUUGUACUUGUGUUAAUGUCUUUGAGGAUAAGUCCAUAUGAUUGUUGGUAUAUUGAUGUCUGUAUGAAUGAAGGUGGAGUACGGUAAAGAAUAAGAUCUGCGCUGUAUAUUUGUGUCUGACUUGCUAAGCUUGACAGGUUGAAGUACAUGCGAAGACUUGAAUUCCUCCACGCUAUAGCUAGAGAAAAAUAUGUUAUGUUAGUGAUUGUAUAAAUAUAUGAG